GGCGUGUUCGUAUUGUAUGGAUUAUGGGUUGUGUUCUUGUUGUUGUUGUUGUUGAGUUGUGACUAAACAACCACAAAUCCGCUUCCCCUCGCCAGUCGCCUCUCUCCCUCACUCCCCCAAAAUCCCACUCUACGUCGUCGACUCCUGACUCUCUCUCUCUCUCUCUCUGCAGCUAACCUGCGCCAGUCUGCCGUUUCUGCAGCUCGGAAGAUCAUGAUAACCUUUCCUUUCAUCGUCACCAUCACCACAUCCCUUUAACUCUUUUUUCUUGUUCUUCAUCUCUACUCUCAGCCUUCUCUCUUCCCACUGAAUUCUGCCUAUACUUGUUUGUCUAUUCUCUCUCCCCCUCUGUCUUUCUCUCUCAAAGGUAAGCUUCAAUCAUGGCGGAGGGUUUCGAACCCUUUCACGUCCCUCAGCAAAGUAGAAGAGACAAGCUUAGGGUUGUCGGUCAAAACCAUCCCACUUGCGAAGAAGCAGCAGCAACCUCCCUUCAAGGGUGCGCAGGUUUACUUCCUCUUUACGAUCCAUCUCUCCUAACAUCCGAGAUGCUAACUUGCGCUAACGCUGGCACUUCCGAGUUUCACCACCAGAACCACCCCCCACUUGGUGGAGCUGGGGAGGGUUGUAAGCAAAACCCAGCUUGUGUUGUUAAGGAAGAAGGAGGGAAUUUGAUGGGCUAUGUUGGUGGGUUUAUGAACGCCUCUUCGUCGUCUUCGUCUCAUCAUCCUUACUUGGAUCCACAGUCUUCUCUUGCAUUGAACCCAAGCUCCAUCCAAGAUAUCAACAGCAACCCAUUUCUUUAUACCACGCACAACCUUAGAGAUUUUGACCAUUCGUUUCAUAGUGGCGAGGUGGUGACUUUUAAGCCGGAGCCCUUGUCUUUGACCCCCGAUUCGACGACGACGGGGCAAGGGUUGUCCUUGUCUCUGUCUACCCACAACACUCGCCAGCAGAAUCUUCCUCUAGAAUUGAACUUGCAACGAUACGAGUCCGCUAUGUUCGGUGACAAGGGUAUCGGAGGGUUUGUAGUUCGAGGGAUUGGUGCUGGGACUGGUGGUGCUUCGACGUCGAACGAUAUCCUUCGCUGUUCAGCCCCUCUCGGCCCGUUUACGGGCUAUGCUUCGAUUUUGAAGGGAUCGAGGUUCUUGAAGCCUGCGCAACUGCUCUUGGAGGAAUUUUGUGGUGUCGGCCGGGGAAUUUAUGCGGAAAGAAGCUGCGGAGACUCAUCUUUGAUGGAUUCUACCAUGGAAAACUUGAGCGCAGCGGGAAUUAGUGUUGACGAUCCACUCGGUUGUGGAGAUCGUAGCGAGCACCGGAGGAAGAAAACGAGACUAAUAUCGAUGCUCGAUGAGGUAUACAGGAGGUACAAGCAGUAUUACCAACAAAUGCAAGUGGUCGUUGCAUCAUUUGAAUCUGUUCCAGGCCUUGGGAAUGCAUCUCCAUACACGUCAUUUGCUCUCAAAACGAUGUCAAAGCAUUUCAAGUGCUUGAAGAAUGCCAUUACUGACCAAAUCUGUAUCAUGAGCAAAGGUCUUGGAGAGGGAUGCUAUGAGAAAGAUGAAGCUCCAAGGUUUGGAUCUAGCGAUAGAGCCUUUCAAUGCCAAAGGCCAGUCAACAACUCUGGCAUUGUUGAACACCAACAUAUUUGGAGACCCCAAAGAGGUCUUCCUGAACGUGCAGUAGCUGUGCUCAGAGCAUGGUUGUUUGAGCAUUUCUUACGCCCUUACCCAACUGAUACCGACAAGCAGAUGUUGGCUAAGCAGACGGGUCUGUCAAGGAGCCAGGUGUCCAACUGGUUCAUCAAUGCAAGAGUUAGACUCUGGAAGCCAAUGGUGGAAGAGAUACACAUGCUUGAAACACGACAAGCUCAGAAGGCAUCAGAAACGGAAGACCGGAAUACUGAAAAACUAGUAGAUCAUCCACCUCCAGAAAAUUCACUCGCCACAGACAAACAACCUCAAAAUAGUUCGGUGCAGAAGACACAGGAUCCCCCAUUAAAACGUACCAGAAAUGAUCUUCCCCAUGUGCUCAACAGAAGUGAUGUACCAAUGAACUUUUCAUAUCACAAUAUACCAAAUCAAGUAGGUGUUAGUAUGAGCACAGUGGGCAUAAACAGUGGUGUUUCUCUCACUUUGGGUCUCCAGCAGAAUAAUGGAAUAGGUCUGUCUGAACCUUUCACGAUGAACAUAGCACACCGUUUUGGUCUUGAAGCAAACAAUGAGGGAUAUGUGAUGGGGGGUUUUGAAGCUCAAAACCGCCAGUUUGGGAAGGACAUUGGAGGACAACUGCUGCAUGAUUUCGUUGGCUGAAAGACUGAUUUCGGAACUCUACCUAAAAAAGAAGACCUUCUAACAAAACUCACUGAAGUGUGUUUUUUAAUCGAGCAAAGGUGACAGUAAAAAGAGAGAGCGAGGUCAUUGGAAGAUUGCUCUCUCCUCGUGAAACAA